UCGAGAGCACCGAUGGUUUGAUGUUAUUUACUCAGCCCCCGUCGCAACGAGACAGAGAAGAACAGCGCCUGAGAGUCCUGAAGAGACUAUCACUGUCCAAACGGAGGUCUCCUCAGGAGAAUCUGCUGCGCGUGCUCCACGUCGGUCCGGCAGGGCAAGGAGACCACCUCGCCGUUAUGUCUGAGUGA